CAGUAAUAUCAGCUACAAGUGAGAGUUUAUUUAAGUCUGUUUGCGAAGUUCUAAAUAUCAACAAAAUACCUAUAAAAAAUAUGGUAGGCUUUGCAGCAGACAAUGCUAAUGUUAUGAUGGGGGACAAAAAUGGUGUAAAAGCUAAAAUGAAAAGUUUAAACCCAAACAUAUUUGUUUUGGGAUGUAUAUGCCAUUCAUUUGCAUUGUGUUCCUCAGCAGCAUGUUCAAAACUACCUCGAGGCCUAGAAGACUUUAUAAGAAGUAUCUACAAUUACUUUGCCCACAGCAAUAAACGGAUUUUUACGAAUUUAAAACCUUACAAAAUGUUGCACCCAGCCCAAACAAGGUGGUUGUCAUUACAGGUAAGAUCAAUUACAAUAUUGAUAAUAUAGGAUUCAAAGUAGCUGUGUUCUGUUACAGGCAGCAGUAGAUAGAGUUCUACUAUGUUGGGAUGCUUUAAAAUUAUUUUUUCAAAGUGAAGUCUUGCUUGAUGGUCUGCAAUCAACUCAAAUUAUUUUAGAAAAGUUUUCUACACCUAUUGUAAGAGUUUACCUAAUUUUUCUUUCGUACAUUUUGGGUAUAGUGAACAAAAUGAACAUAGAAUUUCAGAGUGAACACCCAAAAAUACAUCAUCUUUAUGAAAAAAUUAGUGAACUCUAUAAAAUUAUUUUAAAAAAUUACAUACGUAAUGAUAUUUUAAAAAAUCAUAAAUAUAAUUUGGCAGCUAUAGCACCAUCUAAUCCUGACUAUUUUUUAAAGAUAGAUGAAAUGUACUUUGGUGCAAAAGUUGAACAAAUGUUUGAAAAUGAUAGUAUUGACAAAAGUGAAAUCAGGAAUUUUAAAACAAAUGCUCUUAGUUUUUAUGUGGAACUCUGUGUUCAAAUUAGGCAGAGGUUUGACUUCAAUGAUCAUAUAUUAAAGUUUCUCUCAAAUUUUACCCCUGAAAAAGCUAUUUCAGGUGAUGUACUUAGUAUUGUAAAAAUUUGUUCCUAUUUUCCAAAUAUUGAUGUUGAUGUCGAAGAUUUGAACACAGAAUGGCGACUUUUGCCUGAAAUUGAGGAUUUAAAGAAUAUAAGUUUACUCGGUUUUGAACAAUUUUGGUCUCAUAUUAUUAAUUGUAAAAAUGAUUUAAACGUUCCUAUGUUCCCUAAUUUAAUAAAAGUUAUUAAAUGUGUUAUGUGUUUACCACAUUCAUCUGCAUGUGCUGAACGCAUCUUUUCUCAACUGAAUAAUAUCAAAACUAAAUUAAGAAACAAAUUAGAGGUGAAAACAUGCGAUAGCAUAUUGCACUGUAAAGAUUUGAUGGGCAAUGAUAAUUGCACCACAUGGAAACCUUCUGUUUCAGUUCUACAACACAAAUUAACAUAUAGUGAUGCCAGAUGA